AUGUCUGCCAAAGUUCUAAAGAGAAAGCAUUUCCAAAUUGAAAAUAGGAUGGAGGCGACUGGAAUUCAUUUACCAGAGCAAAUAGUUGAAGAAAUCCUCAGUAGGUUACCCUUGCGCUCUCUUCUUCGCUUCAAAUGCGUGUCAAAAAUUUGGGAGGCAUUAAUAUCAGAUCCUUAUUUUCAUAAGAUGAUGAUGCAUCAGAGUCCUGAUUCAAAUUCCCAAAAGCUUCUUAUUCGCAAAAUGUUCGGUGACACUGCUCCCUCAAGGUUUAAAUUCUAUUCUUCUUCUUUAUCCACUUUUGAGGAUGUACAACAACUCGAUCCCCCUUUAACCCACUAUGUGGGUCGUUACCACAUCUUUUCUUCUUUCGACGGCUUGGUUCUUCUUGCUGCUGAUACACAGCUUUUCUUGUGGAACCCCUUAACAAGAGAAACCGUACUGCUUCCCUAUACAGAAUAUAACAUAAUUUAUACUUCUUUCGGAUUAGGAUAUGACGAUGCCACUGAUGGAUAUAAGAUCCUUAAAUUGAACAUGCGUCUAAAACAUUCCAUGGAAAUUCUCAACCUUAAAACAGGUUUCUGGAGGGAAAUUUGUAACCAUCCAACUGCCGUUUGCCCUAGGACAGGAUAUGAAAUGGAGCUUUUUCCUCUCCCAAGUAAACAUAUUCCUAUGGAGCCUUUGGUAUAUGUACAUGGAGCUUUUCAUUGGAUUGGUGAUUUGAUGGUACCAGGAAAGUUUUAUGUGGUUUCAUUUAGUAUUUCAAAUGAAGUGUACGGAGAUGUACCUUUGCUAGACGAAAUGGGGAAAAAAAAAUUCCCACCACCCCGAUUUUGGCCUUUCAUUAUUGGAUGGAAUGCUAUGCUUUUAUACCACUAAUGGUUCGUUGGGUUCUUUUAAGCUGUGGGCGAUGAAAGACUAUGGUGUCGAGGAAUCUUGGAUAGUAUUGUGUACCUUACAAUUCAAUGGUCUUGCUAUAGCCCAACCGCGAUAUAGGUUUCCGGAUCGUGAGCUGCUACUAUAUGCACCCGGGGAAUCGCCACAUCAAUUUGGGAUACCAGGUAGCUCUUUUACAUUCCAGACAUCCAAAGGAAAAUUUGGAUUUUGGCCUGAACGUGGAGGAACCUUUGAGAAAGGAAUCGUUUAUAGAGAAAGCUUGCUUUCUCCAAAAUUAGUUAUUUAAUGUUUGCCUGAGUUUGAGUAACUAUUAGAAACGACUCCUCUAAAGUUUAUAUAUUACCCUCUUCUGACCUAUACCUCACUUGUAGAAUCACUAUGGGUGGGGAUGCUGUUAUGUACAAGCAUUAU